AUGCCCGCUGUUGAACCCACAUCGUCAAACCCUGAGAAUGGUGGAUUAACCAAGGACGCAUCCAACGGGUUUCUUCUGUCAAUUCUUUCGGCUGCCCACAACGCUGCGCAUAUGAUUGAGUCUAUGAGUAAGGAUGAAAAGAACAGCGGUUUUUCUGAUCAGCUGGCUGAAAACACAGGUAGCAACAUUAAUGUGAACACGUCAAUUGCUGGAGGAACAGAUAUCAGCAAUUUCUCCUCCAACAGUGAGCAGACGAGCCCGAUGACCCCCACGGUAGUCGGCCCAAAUAUUGGAUCGGGAAAUUUGGCUUCCAAUGUACACUUUGAGCCCAUUCAUGAGUCGCUUGUUUCGACUAUGGGGAACGGUAACUUACAUCUUCUGCAUUUCGACAAAAAGAAGGCGAAACGUAACAGCUUGCCUGACGAUGCAUCCAAAUUGGCUAUCCCAGCUUCCACCGCGUCUGCUGAUGGUUCCAGUCGUCUCCUGGUAUCCGGAGCCAAUGAUAACAAGGUGGUGAGAAGAAAAUCUGUUUCGAACGGCUCAAUUAUGGACCCGGUUGAUCUCGACGCAAACUCCGAUCACGAUGAUAAUUUGUCCACAGUUACAAAUGAGUCGGGUUCUAAUCAGGAAUUGGAUCAGAUCUUAGACUCCGCCACCAUAGCCCCGGCAAGCAAGAAGAAGAAUCGGGAGUUUCACCAUGCAUUUCGUAAGAUUCCUCAUUCCGAAUGGCUCAUCGAUGACUUUUCGUGUGCCUUGUCGAAAGACAUUUUGGUCCAGGGAAAAAUGUAUCUUUCCAAACAUUAUAUUUGCUUCAAUUCCAACAUAUUGGGAUGGGUCACCAACAUCACUAUCCCUCUCCGUGAAGUCAUCCAGAUAGAGAAGAAAUCUACCGCAGUAGUUUUCCCCAACGGAAUGGUCAUCAGGACAUUGCAUCAACGUUAUGUCUUCGCAACUUUCCUCUCCAGAGACUCAACCUUCAACAUCAUCACCAAGGUCUGGCAAGAGGCAUUGCUGGAGAAAGUCAAUGAUGACACUAGCCGCAAAGCGAGAACCAGAAAAGCGGGACGAGGAAGAUCGAAUACUUUGGAUCAUGAUCUCACCUCAGCCGGAAAUUCCGACUUCAGUGACCACGAUGUGACGCUGGACCCAGUAGAUUUCUCCUCUCCAGCAUCAAUCAAUGAGAAGUUGGACGGUCCCUCCAGAAGGCUGUCAUUUAAAGCAAAGUCGAAGAAAAAUGAUAACUUAGGAGAGGAGAGCAGUGAUGAUUUGGAACUGUUAGUGUCUGCAACAGAAAGUACUACUAAGGAUGCUUCACCUUCGAGUGGUGACAAGGAUGGAGAAUCAUUCAACGGUUUCAAGAAUCCUGGUCCCAAAUCGCAUGCGCCUACUAAGAGCAAUUAUACGAAAGACUCCAAUGAUGUGGAAAUCACAGAGGCUACUUUUAAUGCACCCGUUGGUGUCAUUUAUGAUCUCUUGUUUGGAGAUGACAACAGCACCUACAUCAAAAUCUUGGAAGGUCUGAAGAACUUCGACAUUCAGCAAAGUAAGAUUGUGGGCAUUUCUAAUUCCAACAAGCAGAGGGAAUACUCCUACACCAAGCGACUUGGAGGAUCCAUUGGUCCUAAACAAACCAAAUGUUUAAUCACAGAUACCGUGAAGUUUUGUGAUUUCUCAAAGUAUGUUGAGAUUGAGCAGGUCACUGCUACCCCAGAUGUACCCUCGGGCAAUUCAUUCAAAGUUAAAACAAGAAUCUUCUUGACUUGGGGUCCUUCCAACAAGACUAUAAUGAACGUUGUUAGUAACAUUGAAUGGUCAGCAAAGUCUUGGAUCAAAGGUGCGAUUGAGAAGGGUAGUAUUGAUGGUCAGAAAGAUUCCAUGAAAGCGUUAGUUGAUACCUUGAAUGACACUCUCAGCAGCAAAGGAAACGGCUCCACCCCCAAGAAGAGAAAGAAAGCUAAAUCGGUGUCAACACCCCCUCCAGCGCCAGCGGCUGCGGAGGAGCCAACCAAGCAACUUACCCUCAUUGAGCAGAUCGAAAAGCUCAUCGAAACCAUUGGCGAAUCUAGCCCGGUGCAGAUUCCAAUGGUCAGUGCAAGCAUCACAGGAAUUCUUAUUCUUGCAUUUGCUUCGUUACUCUACACUUUCUGUAUCGUCAAGAUGAUCGGAGGUAGAGGACGGGGCGUAAACCUUCUGGUAACAGGACAGGAUUCGUUUACGAAAAUUAUCAGACUUAACGAUAAGAGCUACUACGUUUUCCCCACUUCAGAGACUUACUUGGGUAAUGAGAUGAACCGCAAGGUCAAUGAAGGAGUCAUGUGGAAAUGGAUCAACGAUCGAUCUGGAGGAAAAUUAAAGGGUGAGCAACCUAUGGAUUAUGGAGCGACUCCGUACAAUGAGUUUGCUGGACAAGAAUUCGACGAGGUUGUCAAGCUUGCCAAGCAACGCAUUGACCAGCUCUACCGUCAGCUUGACUCCUAA